AUGCAGCAUCUGCAACCACACAUCCCUCCCCAGGUCCUUCGUCUAGCCAUCGCCAAGUUCUCCCAUACAACCACUACCAUCGAUCAUGUCGGACCACUGACCUGGAACCAUAUCCCUGGGAGUGGAGAUCUAGCUUGCAUCUUUGAGAAGUUCCUCGAUUCUGCAUCUGUGCCAUCAAUAUUGAUUCAGAAAGUGGUUCGAGGCGAUUGCAUCAUGGAGCAACUUGAUCUCGUAUUCUUCACUCGCAUGGCUGCAAUGCAGGCCGGGUUGAUUCCACCCUCAAGACCACACUUUGCUGUCGUUGUAAAGUCGCCUUGUCUUGCAGUCAAGUAUCCUCAUGGCGGAACACAGAACCACCUUUCGACUCCGCAGCUUCGCCGGUUCCAGAUAAAGUUCGCUACAGAGCAUGACUACUUCACAGCCUUAGCUGUCCUGGGCGAGAUCAACUGCCCACUGAUAGAAGGCAAGAUACCAGUUCCAGCAUUGCAACGAUUUCCUUCGGUGUCAUCAUGGACAUCGGGGAAUCUCUCUUCUAUUGUCCCCAGAACUACAAAUACGGCAGCAACUUCAACUGGCAGCAAUGGAGUUCACUUUUACCCCACGGGGGCGUUAGGGUCUGGAGGGACAACACCCAUUCGAGUAUCAUCUCCUGCAAGCACUAUUUCACACCCGAUGUCCAGACUAGGCCCUGUACCAGCCUUCAAUCCCCCGUCCCAAAGCAUGGAACCGGUAGAUUUAUUUCAACCACCGCAUGACUCUACUCUCGCACACAUGUCGAACAAAGAACCCGAUCUACCAAGCUCUCAGAUUUCCACCAUAUCUGCAACUCAUGAUUUCGACCAGUUAAACCAGAUGCUCCCUCCCAAGAGAGACCUGCCCUUCCCAAAGCCAACCGCAAAGAAACCACGUGCUGCAAGGUCAACUAGAACAACACAGAAACACCCCCCUUCAGCUCCGUCACCAACUUCUCAACCCACUGAGCCAACCAAGGAUCCAGAACCUCCACGUUCUCUUGUGGCCAAGCCUGAUACUAACUCUAGUUUACCCGACUCCAACUCUCAAGUCUUAUCCCAACCAAACCCCUGCCCAGAGGCGAGCCAGCCAUUACUCUGUGAAGAGCCCCCUGCAUCGCAAAACACAGCUCCGACCUGCGAACCCGCCGAACAGACAUCCCAAGUACCCAGUGUCCAGGACACAUCGCACACACAGAAUGAUGUACCUAAGUCGAACUCCAACGACGCCCCGGCCAGCAAGCCAAACGAGAAAGUCACAGCCCUGAUAGAAGAUGAUCUUGCGCGGUAUCUGUCUUCACCAACGGCUGAGCGAAUUGUGUUUCUUGAGAACUGGAUGUGUGAGUUGAUCGAUGAUGAUGAUUUCAUGGCGCUGUGCGAGGACGUGGAUGGGACAUGGAGGCGGUUUGCAUUCGGACAAAGGAAGUGA